GGUCCGCUUCUGAGUACGCCCAACGUACUCAUUUGACUUCACCCAGCUCGCAUCUAAGCACGAAGCGGCAACGACGUUGUUGCUAGAGACAGACGCCCGCAGGACUCUCUCAUUUGACUCGUCCUCUUUUGUGCACUUAGGGAGCUAACCAAUGCGAUGACGUAUGCAGCAGCUGCCUGAAGCUUCUUGCGUGCUCCUUGGCCUCUGCCAACAGCCAUGUCACGCCUCAGCAGUACCGUUUGAGCCAGUUUGCUCUGGCCUUAUUACGGCCAAUCCUACAGCGCCUUGUAAAUUGCGCGGUUCCCAUUGGCCAACAGUGGUCCAAAUCCCAAUUCGGCGCAAACAAGCAAAGCGAUGGCAACCUCCAUGGCAGACCUCGCGCUGCGCGAAAGCUGGCCCGAGCUGGAAGAGCGCUUGAAGGCGCAUGCUGUGGCCGACGUCAACGCAACCGCGGGCGUCACGGACACGACGGCGCUGGCGGUCGCCGCCCGCCACGGACAGCAUGGGAUCGUGCAUCUCUUGCUCGGAUGCAACGACAUUGACGUCGACAAGGGCAGUCGCGACCGGACGACGCCCCUGCACGAGGCCGCCAAGCACGGCCAUUUCGACGUCUGCCAAGAUCUUAUCGGUGCAGGCGCGGAUAUGAACGCGAAGAACAAGGACGGCUCGACACCGUUGCACGAGGCGGCUAAAGCAGGACAGCUCGACGUCGUCAAGGGGCUCCUCGCGGCGGGCGCGAAUCCGCAGCUGACCAACAAGAAUGGAGACAAGCCGUUUGCAGUCGCCAAGCGCAUGCAAGUGCGGGAAUUGCUGCGGGGACGCAUGUUCACGGUUGGUGAGUGCGCGCUCCACGGCAAGUGGAACGAGGUCAAGCGGCGCAUCACGAGCCAGUCGAUCGACAACAUCAACGAGCCCUUUGGCGCCCGCGACUGGACGCUCUUGGCCUUUACCGUGUGGUACAACCAAGUCGACCUUGUCGACCUCCUGCUUGGCUACCGCGGUAUCGACAUCAACCAAGCCAACAUGGACGGCAUGACGCCUCUGCACGAGGCUGCCAAGUACAACCGCCUCCCGAUCCUCACGACGCUUCUGCGGUCGGGGGCCAACACGGCCCUUCGCAACAACGCCGGGCUCCUCCCCAUUGAUAUGGCGUCGGCUGAAGGCCGGGCGCUCAUUCUGCAAACGCCUGGGAAAACCGUUGGCGAGUGUGCGCUCCACGGCAAGUGGAAUGAAGUCAAGCGCCGCAUUACAAGCCGUUCGGUCACCAACAUCAACGAACAGUUUGGCCCGCGCGACUGGACCCUACUCUCGUAUGCUGCGUGGUACAACCAAGGCGACCUCGUUGAUCUGCUCUUGGAACAUCCCGACAUUGACGUCAACCGUGCCAACAUGGACGGCAUGACGCCACUCCACGAAGCUGCAAAGUACACGCGGCUCCCGAUCCUGGCCGCGCUCUUGCGCGCCGGCGCCGACACGACCCUUCGCUCGAACUCGGGUCUUACCGCGAUGGACAUGGCUGCACCGGAGGCGCGGGCGCUGCUGAUGUCGCUGGAUCGCGCGCCCGAGAAUGCACCCAGCUGUGAACACGGUGUCACGUCGGGCGUUUGCAAGGUGUGUGAGAUGGUGGCCAUCCCGCUGGUCAGCGACGCGGCCGUGACGUCGCUCAAGCAGCGCAUUCGCAGCCUGGAAGAAGCGUCGCUCUGCUGCAUCUGCAUGGAACGCUGCAAGGACACGGUGUUUGCUUGCGGCCACGAGACGUGCAUGCUCUGCUCGACGCAGAUCGUCAACUGCCCCAACUGCCGGGACCCCAUCACGACCCGCAUUCGCCGGUUUGUUUAAUCGCUCAUCUAAUCACUCGUCGUUUUGUUGUCUCU